AUGGCGACCUACGACGAGGAGGGAAAUGGAUUCGGAUACAAGUUGGUGGGGUGUGUGGUAAGUGAAAGCGAGCCGUAAAUGGGGCAAAGAGGAGCCCUUUUUACUGUCGUCAGUCUGUCGGAAAGAUAGUGAGUACCUUUUCGCGUCGAAAAUUGAGUGGCCGAGAAAAUAAAUUGUGUCCCGACAAAAUCAAAUUGCUUUUUCACUUCAGCGACUGGCGCAGCGACAUUGUGCUCAUUAUUUUCCCGACAUACUGAUACUUCAAAUUUCCAACCUCUAAAAAACCGUUUGCACUGUGAAAAUGCUUGAGCAAAUCCGCGGCGACAAAGUUGGAAAAAGCUUACAUCGCCUCGAUUUCUAUGCACUUUGCGAAAACCAAAAAGAGUUAGAUGCACGAUGUUUUUGGUGCACAAUGCGGGCAAUCAGAACAGAAUGUCCAUGCAUUUGCCCUGCAAUGUCCAUAUAGAACAGAAUGUUUAUGCGUUAUGAGCGCAGUGUCGCUGAAGUGAAAAGCAUUUUGAUUUUGUCGCGAGACAAUUCAUGUUCUCGGCGGCGAUUUUUCGAUGCGACAGAGUGCUUAUUAUUUACACGACAGUGCUCCCCAUGCACUCAAUAUUUUGCCAUUCCUUUCAUUUGAAAGUGUCUGAUUAUGAGUGGGGCAAUACGAACCUUGGUCCAACUCAAUUAUGCUUUUGAAAGUCCUUUCUAAAACAUCAAAUCUUAUUUUCCUUAGAUUACACAAACGACAAACCACAUUACAAAUUCUUUAACCCGCCUAAAUCUUUUAUUUUUUUGUAUUACGGCCCUGUUAUACAUUGCUCGACAAAAUUAUAAAUGCACUUUUAAAACCGCUGUAACUUUUGUGGUUGUCAAUAAAACUGUGCCAUAUUUGGCUCCAAUAUGUACUAGUGUACUAUAACUCUUGUGCCAAAAAAUUAUUUUGGAACGUUUCCACAAUUUGCAAAUAAGUUGAAAAAACCGAAAUUUUGGUGCUUUUCUUUGCGACAAAAUUAUAUUUGAAUAAAAAUAAAAUCUUUUCAUUUUUUAGACUCUCUCUUCCUUGCUCCUGCUUGUUAUAAAGUCUACAAUAAUAUGGAGUCUGCCAGAAUCCAAUGUAGACUACAGGCUGCAACGAACAUUUAUUACCGACAAAUCCGUUCCCGGAUAUGUUUUCGAUGUCUGUCUGGCGACGGCUGGGAUGUUACACACCAUUUUUGUAGGUAUAAUAAAUUUUUAUAUUUAGCAUUACUUUCCUACAAUUUUUUUGUCGGACACUACAAAAUUUUUUUUCGUAAGAAGAAAAAAAUCAUAAUGACACUACGGCUCCGCCAAAUUCAAAAUUCAAAACUCAAUUUUGAGCUCGAGUUUGAUCAUUUUUGAAGGCCAAGUUCAAGGCCAAGUAUAACUUCAAUAAUAUUUGAAACCGAGUUCAAGUUCAUGUUAAGUUCAGCAAUUUUUGAGUCGCAAGCUCUAGGUACUUUUUGAAAUCGUUUUUUCUUGUUUUGUGCAUACCUACAGUGGGGGAGCUGAUCCAGUAGCAAUGAACGUACCAUUUUGCAUCCGGGAAGUAUCAAAAAUGUGGCAAAAUGCUCCCCUCUUCAAGAGAAAAAACAUGGUUUUGAAGGGUUCCCUCACAAAAAGAGCGGGCGUGCUUUUGAAAUCUGAGUUUUUUCACUUGGAGAGGGAGGUAUUUUGCCACAUUUUUUGAUGCUUACUGGAUACAAAAUGGUACGGUUAUUGCCAAUGGAUUAGCUCCCCAACUGUACUUAUCCAUCGGUACGAAAAAAAAGAACAAUUUUCGAGCGCCAAAAUUACAACGGAAGUACCCCAAGUGCGACGCUCGGAUCUUCUUUAAAUUUUGUAUACACGUUGGGUACGGCCAUGUACAAACUUCUGAAAGUUUUAGCUCGUGCUUUGCAGGCGACGCCUAGAUAUUACACCUCCUUUGUGGCCGAAAGAGUACGCAAAACGCGGAGUGCGGUCAGAGUAAAAACAUUUUUUUGGCCGUAUCUUUGCCAAUUGUUUGCAAAAAAUUGAUUCUUUGUGGAAAUGUUAGACUCUACGGUAAAAAUAAGAGUGAAACUUUUCAUGUUUAAAUUCACAAAAAAAUGUCACAAUUUUCUCAAUUUUUAGCCUAUAAAAUCUCGAUCGUUUCAGCUAAACGCCACCUAGAAUGAUCGAAUAUGGCUUAGAAAAAAUAAUUUUACAAUUGCUCACAUCAAAUUUUUAGGUCCUCAGAGGCAUCAUGGCCAAGGUUCAAGGUCAAUUUAGUCGAUCGCUAACGCAAUCCUAUGAAAUGAGACAGACCAAAUACACAUUACAGUGGAUUAAGCGGAUGGUGACGGCGUUUGCCGUGCUGAUUCUUAUCGCGCUUCCAUUUAUUUUUGUUUUGAACUACCUUUAUUUGGUUUGUGAUUACAAUACGAAUACGGUGGACAUUCAAGCAAUAUUGGGGGUGAGUUGAAGCUGGACAUGGCUUCGGGUCGGGCCGAACCAAAUUUGAUCAAAAGAAAAAUUGCGUUAGUCCGUUCGUAAAGUCGAUGGAGAAAUUUUUGGCGUUUGCAUUGUGCGGAAAAAGUCAGAGUACGAGCGACAGCACAAAAAAGCCAUUUGCACAGUGCAAAGAAAACCUUUGUUGGUAAAAGUUCCGUAUUCUGGCCACAACUUAUAACUUUGCGGAAACUGGUCAGAAUUAGCCCAAAAUUAGCGCAUAGGCUAAAUUCAUCGUUGUGACUGCCCGGACAGUUAGUGAGCUACUUUUUUUACGUACCACCUUAUCCUUCAAAAACGGCUGCAGCCCGCGAUUUUGCACUUUAUACGAUGAAACAUGUCCGGAACUAAACUUAUUGCCUCGGUAUAGAACUGAAUGAGUCGUCAUUGCCUUCGUAGAUACCCGCAAAACUAUAGCGAUGUCAUAGUAAUUCAGUGCCAGUUAAGUCUUUUUUUUCCUAACUUUAGUUCCAAGGUUGGGCGCAGUUCGCAGAGUCCCUUUGUUGUGGCCAGAAUAAGGAACUUUAAGAAACAAUUAGUUUUCCCGGCGGCGAUGCGAUUUUCGCUGCGACAGAGUGCUUAUUAUUUUUCCGACAGACUGGUAAUAAUGGCUGCUGUAUUUUUUCGACCUAUGUAUAUACAACCCACCAAUUCCCAUCCGGAAAUAGCUGUUUUUUCAGCUUCUCCUAACCAUGACGGAGACCUACAAUUUGGCCUGCACUCUAUUCUUGUAUGACGAGUUUCCGCAGCUGAAGAAGGCCGUCUACAAGGAUUUUUCAUGCAUUCUGCCAACGCCGAGAGAAAAUACGAGUACUGUGACGAGAAAUGAGGAGGCAGAGGCUCAUUUCAACAACCUACGCUCAAUGUUUGAACAGGGAAAUGUUCCGAAUCGAUAA